CCGAUAAACUAGUGUGUAAGAGGCUGUGCCGCUGAUCAGGACUCCUCUGCUUUGACUGAACACAAGAAAGCAACAAGUGACCGUAUUCUUUGAGCAAUGGAAGGAGUACUAGUUAUACGCCACUGGGUGGAAACUCCAGCACGUUAUCAGGAGCAUUUUGCUGAGCAAGAUCUUGAAGGCUGCCGGUUAAACCAUCGCCUGUAUGCCUUGCCCGGCCCAGCCACAGCUGUUCAGGGAAAGUACUCACGGACAACGAAGAGCACAGUGGAGGCGGCACAGAAGGGCACAGAGGAAGGAAGGCCCCAAUUUCAAAUCUUGCUAGACAUUGUGCAAUUCCGUCCCGAAGACGUUAUCAUUCAGACCUUUGAAGGCUGGCUCCUGGUUAAAGCUCAGCAUGGACCGAGGAUGGAUGAACAUGGCUUUAUAGCCAGAAGCUUUACUAGACAAUACAAAUUGCCAGAGGGAGUCGAAACAAAAGAUCUGUCUGCUCUCUUCUGCCAUGAUGGCAUUUUGGUUAUUGAAACCAAGACCUUGGCAGAGAAUUAAUGAUGAGAGACUUUUCGUUACUGGUGAGACAAUAAGAUUUCCACUGUAACUUGAACAAUCUGAUGCCGUGGCAUUGUGCAUGCAGAGUUGUGUUUUCCAAUAAGGGAAAAGUCAAGCUUUUGCAUAUUUUAUUCAGUAAAUUGAGUUUGUUUGAUGUGAAAGACAAUAUUUGCUCACAGCAGCUGCAUAUUUUCUGGCUGUCUUAGCAAGUGGAAAAAGUAUUUCUGCCCAGCUAUCUAACAGAACAGACAGAAGGCAGGAAAACAAUGCACAUGAGGAAUUUAGAGGAUAUAAGAGGAGUGUGAAAAUGUGUGGAAUGGGGGGAUGCAUCUCAAGACACCCAUACUCUUGAGGGAAACUUUGAAGACUGGACUAUGCAUGUGAAUGAAAUGUAAUUUUCAUGCCUGAAAAUGCUUUUAUCAGCACCGUGACCACAAUCCAAAGAAGUCAUUUAUGUGCAAGGAAGAGAAUCACACAGCUGGAGCUUUCUUUAAAGUUUGCCCUGCAGCAGUUCCCACUCAUGAAAAGGCAAACAACCUUUAAAACUGAGUAAUGGCUUUGCAUCCCCAGACAGAUCACUAUAUUGUACAGCUGUAUGCACAGAGAGAUUAUUUUCCCAGUCUAACAAUUGUACUUCAAAGUGAGUUUCUUCCCCACAAAGUUUUGUUACACAUGUUGUUUUAAAUUCUCCGGUAUUCUGCUUUUGGAAGAACUGCAGUUGCUGAGCAAGACUGCUGUCUUUUCAUGUGUUUUUAAGAUAAGUAUGACUGCUGAGCUAUGAAUAGUAAAAGAAUUCAGAGGAGAAAGCCAAGCUAAAUAUAGGCUCUCUUUAUGGACACCUGCCAUGUGGGCGAAUUAAAAGAUAGAUUAACUGAAAUAUUCCAUCUAAAUGACUAGAAGAUAAAUGUUUUAACAAAUGUGCUAUUACCUAUUUUUAAAAAUGCCCUACUUUUUAACAAAAGCUUCAUAUUUGUCUGUGAAUGUUUUUAAAGAUAUUGGACCCAGACUGGGAAUAGGGGUGCCAAUAAUGUGGAGGGAAAAAAUGUACUGCUCCUUUCAACAGAGGAUUCAUGUGUGGAAAAGGAAAAGGGCAGGCAAAGCUUUCCAUGGCACGGAGGCAGAUUACAUCCCAGUGAGGAUGUAUUGAGGGGCAGGAUUUCUUUUCUCCAGGUUGUUGGCACAAGAGAAUGCCACAAACAAGGAUUUCUCCCCCCAGCAGCAAUAGUCACAAUCAGGUCAUAAUACUGAUCAUUGUUUAGGAGGGAUGGAAGGAGGAAAGUGUUUAGAUGGAGGCUCAAAACCAACACCUAAGAUCAGUGAUCGCCACUGUUAUGGGCACUGAUUAGGCAGAGAACUGUGGAUGGCCCACCCUUGACCUGAUGGUUAGGUGCAAGUUCUCCCACCCCAUCAAUCUUGUAUGCAUUCAGCAGGCUGCUGCAAAUGUCGACAACCCUUUCCUUAUGUACAUAUUAUUGGUUAGAUCAGAGCUACAGUGACUUAAAUUAGCAGCUGCGGUGGCUCAAGUGGUUAAGACGC